AUGGGCACGCCUGUGCUGCGGGCGUUGGUGCGGGCGGCGACUGCAGCGAUGAGAGUGGUGACGAGUCGCCUUUGCAACCAAGUAAGAGGGCAACAUGUCUGUUUUGCAUUGGUCCAUGCCCCACCACUCCCUCCCACACCGCUGCAGGCUGCUGACCAAGAAGCACUCGUUGCUGACCUGGCAUCAGGCAGGGCAGCUGACGUGGCGGCACAGCGGGCGUUUGAGGAGCAGCAGGAGUGGCGGGAGGAGCAGCGGCGGCAGCUGCACGCGCAGUACCUCGCAUACCUCGCUGCUGGUGGCGGCCGCUUCAGCGACGAUGAGGAGGAUGACAAGCAGGAGGAGCGGAACACAGGGGCAUGGGCAGGGGGAGUGGGGAAAGCGUGGGAAGGGGCAGGAACUGCCAGAGGGGAUAGCAAAGGCAGUGUUGGUGCUGCCACCGACACAAACCCUCUCCCCCCUGCCACUGCCUCUCCUCCUCCAAAGACCCCGCCAGCUCACAGCAGCAGCCCUGGCGUGUCGGCAGUGCCGCGCAUGGUGGCACGGCUGGCGCCCGGCACAGUGAAGUUCGCGGCGUUCCACGUGCUGGCGUACGAGGGCGCUGCUGGGCUGCCCGUCACCACGCUCGCACAGCGCAUCCAGCACUGCGGGCUGCGGGACCUGUCUGGCAGCCGCACCCCCGAGGCCACCAUUACUGGCGCGCUGGCGAGAGACCCGCUGUUCCAGCGCGUGGCGAGCUGCACCUACUGUGUGCGCGGGGCGUACAGGCGCAGCGAGGGGGAGCGGGAGGAGGGGCUGCGGGAGGCUGUUGAGCUGGUGAGACGAGCUGCGGAUGGGCGGAGGGGAGGAGAGGAGGGAGGGGAGGGAGACGAGGGGGAGGAUGGGGAGGAGGGAGAGGGGGGAGAGGAUGGAAAGGAGGAGGGUGGUGAGGAUGAGAAGGAGGUGGAGGUGGAGGGUGCGGGAGACAGUGGGGUGGAGAGUAAGGGAGGGAGGGAUGGUGAGGAACGGGGUGGUGGGACGGAGGCGGGAAGGCAGCAGAAUGAGAAAGGGCAGGACGAGCCAAUGCAUGUGGAUGGGCUGAGGGGUGAGGGCAGUGGUGGUGGUGAGGGCGGUGAGGAGAGAGUACGCCAUCAAGGUAGUGAGGUGGGUGAGGGAACGGUGCACGAGGAGCAGAGGGGGGCCAGUACCGCAGUGGAGGAGACGGUGGUGAGUGAUGUGGUGGUGACAGCAGCGGCGACUAAAGCUGAAGCAGAGGGGGCAUGCGGGCAGGGUGGAGGUGAUGAUGAGCAGGGCCCUAUUCUCGGCUGCGUGGUGCAUGAUGAGACGAUGAGCGUGGCAGCAGGCAGUGAUGUGCGGAUGGUAUGCUGCGACAGGGAGGGGGCGGCGGAGGUGUUGGGAGGGGAGGUGAAGGCGGUGAAUGGGAUGGAGGGAGGGCAUGGGCGAGGCGAGGGUGAGGUGAAGAGUGAAGAGGCACUUGAGAAAUUGCAAGGGCAGGGUGGGGACGAGAGGCAGCAGCAGGACGCGGCUGAGAAGGGUGGUGGUGAUGGUGGUGAUGGCAGCGAGUGGAAGUGGGAGUCUGAUGAGGAGGGGGAUGGAGAGGAGGACGCAAUGGAGGGGGAGGGGGGCGGAGAGGGGGAGGCGGGGCAGGGGAGGGCGUGGGUUUUGGCGCUGGGAGGGGUGGAGUACAGCGAGCUCAGUGUGGAGGAGCGCCUUCACCUGCUCGUUGACCUGGUCAACGCAGUCAACGACUCCUCCACCAUCCGCGCUGCCAUUGAGAGUGGAGGAGAAGAAGCAACAAUGGCAAGGAGCAGGGAUGAGAGAGUGCAGCACAGGGCUUCUGAGGCUCUGGAAGAGGCGGAGGGAAGAGCUUCUGUGGUGCCCCAAAAGGCUGAGGAGAGGGAGGCGGGGAAGAGGGGGGCAGAGGAGCAAGCAGUGAAGCAAGAAGUGAAGGCGGCGGAGGAAUGUGAGGGGCGGGUGCAUGGGGAAGAGGCGGUGGAAAGGAGGACGGAUGGCUGUGUGGAGGUGGAGGGAGUGGAGGGGUGCAGCACGGAGGAGCAGAUGGAGCAGGAGGGCACAGGGGAGCCGAAGGAACAGGUGGAACAAAGGGAGAAGGAGAGGACACAGGAAGAGUCAAUGCAUGAUGCAACGGCGGAGGGGGAGGAGAAAAGUGGGUCUGAGGCAGAGAAGCAGUUGGCGGAGGAGGGAGUAGUUCCAAUGGGAGGGCAGCAGGUGAUGGUGGGGGUGUACGUGCUGUCAGCGGAGGGGCAGUGGAGCGCCAUUCGAGAUGCCCAGUCACUGGCGCAUCUCAAGGCGGUGCUGUACCCGCGCGGGGUGAGGGAGUCCGCUCUGCUCUCCAACCUGCGCCACCACCUCUCCUCCCUCUCUCCACCGAUCUGCACCACUGCUGUUCCCGUCACCGCUGCACCUGCUGCCACCGCCAUGGCACCGCCCACGCCCUCCGCUGGUGGCCUUGAGUGGCGUGCUCCACCCAUCAUGUCGUCCGUGCCGCCAACCUCACCUCUCAUGCCUCCUGACGCUCCUGCUGCUCCUGCCGCUCUCCACAAAGCAUCAGCCAACCCCUCUGAAACCCCUGCCAUGCCUCUUGAUCCCGCUGUGGGUGACGGCAAGGUAGAGGGUGCCGUGAUGCUGGCGGCAGCAGCGGGCAGUGAAGCAGAUGCCAUGCACCCUGUGGCCCCACCUCCCCACGCCCAUGCUGCCGCCACCAUCCAACCCGCCCGGGCGAAUGAAGGUGAUGCCAGGCCAGCAUGCCCACCCAUCCAUGCAUGCGAGCCCAUGACGGGUGGUGCGCUCGCCCCAGCUGGUGACACAGAGCACCACCUCAGAGCCAUCGCUCCUUCUGCUCCCCUGCCCUCACCCUCUCGUGCUUUUGCGGUGGGUACAGAACAGGAUGGGGUGGGGGGCAGGGAGCAGGAGCAGAAGGGGGGAGGGGAGGAGAAGGUGGAGUAUAGGCAGUGCAGGUGGUGUGGUGAGGUGGUGAGGAGCAGCCCGCAGGGAGGGGAGGGGGAGGCGGCAGUGGGUCGUGAUGUUGCUGCUGGUGCUGACGUGGCAGCAACCGAGUGUGCUACUCUGGCUACUGGAAGCAGGGAUGCAUCAGUAGCGGCACCAGGUGCUGCUGUGGCCUUAGCGGGUGCACAUGUGCUGGCAGCAGCUGCGGAGUCCAGCCGGACAGCAGAGCAGGGCACAGCAGGGGCGGCGAGUGAGGCAGCAGGAGCGGAGGAGGCGGGCAGGGAGCAGGGCUGUGGGGCGGCCAUUCCUCCCCGGGUGCGGCGCCUCCAACACUCGCUGCUGGCUGCCCAGGUGGCAUUGGAAGCGGAGGGCAAGCUGGCAUGGCAGUGGACGGAGGAGAGCAGGCGCAGGUGGCGUGCAGCGGUGCACAUGGCGUGGCAUGCUGCUCACCUGCUGCAGCUGCUGUGCCAGCUGGAGGCCGCCAUUCCCCCCACCUUCAUCCACGGCUCCUUCAGCCCCGCGCCAGAUGUCGCCCUGCGAUUGGCUCUCAGAGUGCAAGGAAGGCGAGCGGGUGGUGUUGCUGGCGAGGCGGGGGAGAGGAGGGGCGAACAUGAGGGAAGGUGCACGGCAGAGCAGGCAGUUGCGGUGGCUGUUCCAGGUGCAGGUGGUGGAAGGGAGGAAGGCGAAUCCACAGGAGAGGGCCAGAAGGACUUGUGUAAGGAGGGGAAGCAAGAGGGGAAUGGCAGCGAGGGGGGUGGGAGGGAUGGCGAGGAGGCUCUAGCAGGGGGGUCGACACGGGCCCUUCCUUCCCUUGCUAUGCCGCUGCCAUGUGUGCCCCUCACGUGCGCUGCUGUCGCUCUGCGAUUGGCCGCCCUGGAGGCCGCUGUCCUGGGGGAUGGGCGCGGGGAUGGGGGCAUGGGCACGGAUGGGGGGAGUGGGGGCGCGGGUGAGAGUGGAAGCGAGGCAGGGCGUGAUGGUGAGCAGGUGGAGGCGGCGAGGAGAGAGGAGGCGGUGGAGGGCAUGGUUGACUGGGAGGACUGGGAGGCGAGGGAGGUGGUGCGACGCACGCAGGAGAGGGAGCGGGCUAAGGGGAAGGAGGAGAGGGAGAAGCGGGAGGGGAAGGUGAAGGAGAAAGGGAGAGGGAGAAUGCGAGAGGAGGGGAGAAUGAAGGGCGGGAGGGGUAAGAAGGGGGGUUGGGGGAGAGGGGUGGGUGAAGGAGGGAGCGGGAGGGGGUUGAGUAGGAUGGGGCGCAAUGAGCAUGAGCAUGAGCGCUCACUGCGGGCGCAUCAGACAGGUGCGGUGCAGGUGCGUGGUGGGAAACGAAAGCGAAAGGAGGUGGUUGAGGAGGCAGAGGAGGAGGAGGAAGAGGAGGAGGAGGAGCAGAAGCAAGAGGAGGAGGAUGAGGAGGAGGAGGAGGAGGAUUUGCAGGUGAAGCUUCGAGUGCGGACCAAGGGGCUGCGACGACACGUGAAGAAGAGACGAAUGGGUGCGGGCGAGGGGGGUGUGAAGGACGAGACUGGCACACACGGCACAGAGGAGGGGCAGGGGGAGAAGGAGGGGAAGGUGAAGAAGCGGGAUGUGAAGAGGGAAAUCAGAGAUGCGGGAGUGAGGCAUGGAGUGAAGGCGGAGGAGGGAGAGGAGGGGGCGAAGCAACUGAUGGUAUCAUCGGGAGCGAGGGGGGCGCGCAUGGGUGGCGGGGCGAGCAGGCGCGUGCAGCGGUCGCUGUCGGCGCGCUGCAGAGGUGCCGUGCGGCGCAUGGGACGGGAGCAGGAAGAGAUGGAGGAGGGGGAGGGGGUGAAGGAGGAGGAGGGGGAGGAGGAGGAGGAGGAGGAGGUGAUGAGGGAGGAGGGGCAGCAGCAACGGGGGCAGCAGAAGGGCAGAGCAUCAAUGUCUCGACAGAAGCAGGCGAGCAAGGGGGAAGGCAGUGCAGCGGCAGCCACUGCGCGACUCCCGGCAUCCAUCAACCCACGCGCACCUGCACCUUGCUUCACUGCUGCCAAGGCCCCUUCUUUCACGAAGAGGGCAGCCGCUGCUGGUGGCAGUGGGAGGCGCGGCUCAGCACCGGUUGUGCAUUCUGGUGUUGACUCGGACUCAGUCUCUGAACUUGGUGCCCUCGGUGCUGCUGCUGCUGCUGCUGCUGGUGCUGACAAGGAUCACAGUGAUGAUGCCAGUCAUGAGAGUCACGACAGUGACGACAGGGACAAGGGCGAUGAGAGCAGCAGCGGUGAGGAAGGCGGAGCUGCUGCUGUGGUGAAGUCGGAGGCUCGGGCAGGGUUGCCGACAGGCUUGGAGGCAGGCUCGGGUGGAGGGGUAGGUGGUUCGGGAGGAAGGCAGCGCGCGGUUGGAGCACGUGGAGGUGGGAAGAGGGUGGGUGAUGGUCGGAGCAGGAGGCAGGAGAAGCAGGAGACGGAAGAGGAGGAAGAGGAGGCAAAGGAGGAGGAGAUGGAAGAGCGAGGUGGGGAGGAGGGGCUAGCAGGGAGAAGGACGACUCGCAGGCAGGAGAGGCGGCAGUACCAUCUGCUGUGUGUGAGCAACGGGCAUGGCGAGGACACGAUCGCCGUCAGCAUUCUGAGAGAGAUGCAGGCAGUGGCAGAACAGCGGGGCAUCACGGUGCACGUGUCAGCGCUGCCACUGGUGGGCAUGGGGGCGGCAUAUCACCGCCACGCCAUCCCCACCAUCGGCCCUGCCAAGACCAUGCCCAGUGGCGGGUUCAUCUACAUGGACGGAAAGCAGCUCGCCAAUGACGUGGCGGCGGGCCUGCUGGACCUCACGCUGCAGCAGGUACGUGCGGCCCCAGCAGCGGCCGCAUGGCUUCGAUGCCAUAACAUGUGCCUCUCCCUUUCUUCUAUUCUCCCUUCCUACCAUGUGCCUCUCCCUUUCUUCUAUUCUCCCUUCCUACCAUGUGCCUCUCCCUUUCUUCUAUUCUCCCUUCCUACCAUGUGCCUCUCCCUUUCUUCUAUUCUCCCUUCCUACCAUGUGCCUCUCCCUUUCUUCUAUUCUCCCUUCCUACCAUGUGCCUCUCCCUUUCUUCUAUUCUCCCUUCCUACCAUGUGCCUCUCCCUUUCUUCUAUUCUCCCUUCCUACCAUGUGCCUCUCCCUUUCUUCUAUUCUCCCUUCCUACCAUGUGCCUCUCCCUUUCUUCUAUUCUCCCUUCCUACCAUGUGCCUCUCCCUUUCUUCUAUUCUCCCUUCCUACCAUGUGCCUCUCCCUUUCUUCUAUUCUCCCUUCCUACCAUGUGCCUCUCCCUUUCUUCUAUUCUCCCUUCCUACCAUGUGCCUCUCCCUUUCUUCUAUUCUCCCUUCCUACCAUGUGCCUCUCCCUUUCUUCUAUUCUCCCUUCCUACCAUGUGCCUCUCCCUUUCUUCUAUUCUCCCUUCCUACCAUGUGCCUCUCCCUUUCUUCUAUUCUCCCUUCCUACCAUGUGCCUCUCCCUUUCUUCUAUUCUCCCUUCCUACCAUGUGCCUCUCCCUUUCUUCUAUUCUCCCUUCCUACCAUGUGCCUCUCCCUUUCUUCUAUUCUCCCUUCCUACCAUGUGCCUCUCCCUUUCUUCUAUUCUCCCUUCCUACCAUGUGCCUCUCCCUUUCUUCUAUUCUCCCUUCCUACCAUGUGCCUCUCCCUUUCUUCUAUUCUCCCUUCCUACCAUGUGCCUCUCCCUUUCUUCUAUUCUCCCUUCCUACCAUGUGCCUCUCCCUUUCUUCUAUUCUCCCUUCCUACCAUGUGCCUCUCCCUUUCUUCUAUUCUCCCUUCCUACCAUGUGCCUCUCCCUUUCUUCUAUUCUCCCUUCCUACCAUGUGCCUCUCCCUUUCUUCUAUUCUCCCUUCCUACCAUGUGCCUCUCCCUUUCUUCUAUUCUCCCUUCCUACCAUGUGCCUCUCCCUUUCUUCUAUUCUCCCUUCCUACCAUGUGCCUCUCCCUUUCUUCUAUUCUCCCUUCCUACCAUGUGCCUCUCCCUUUCUUCUAUUCUCCCUUCCUACCAUGUGCCUCUCCCUUUCUUCUAUUCUCCCUUCCUACCAUGUGCCUCUCCCUUUCUUCUAUUCUCCCUUCCUACCAUGUGCCUCUCCCUUUCUUCUAUUCUCCCUUCCUACCAUGUGCCUCUCCCUUUCUUCUAUUCUCCCUUCCUACCAUGUGCCUCUCCCUUUCUUCUAUUCUCCCUUCCUACCAUGUGCCUCUCCCUUUCUUCUAUUCUCCCUUCCUACCAUGUGCCUCUCCCUUUCUUCUAUUCUCCCUUCCUACCAUGUGCCUCUCCCUUUCUUCUAUUCUCCCUUCCUACCAUGUGCCUCUCCCUUUCUUCUAUUCUCCCUUCCUACCAUGUGCCUCUCCCUUUCUUCUAUUCUCCCUUCCUACCAUGUGCCUCUCCCUUUCUUCUAUUCUCCCUUCCUACCAUGUGCCUCUCCCUUUCUUCUAUUCUCCCUUCCUACCAUGUGCCUCUCCCUUUCUUCUAUUCUCCCUUCCUACCAUGUGCCUCUCCCUUUCUUCUAUUCUCCCUUCCUACCAUGUGCCUCUCCCUUUCUUCUAUUCUCCCUUCCUACCAUGUGCCUCUCCCUUUCUUCUAUUCUCCCUUCCUACCAUGUGCCUCUCCCUUUCUUCUAUUCUCCCUUCCUACCAUGUGCCUCUCCCUUUCUUCUAUUCUCCCUUCCUACCAUGUGCCUCUCCCUUUCUUCUAUUCUCCCUUCCUACCAUGUGCCUCUCCCUUUCUUCUAUUCUCCCUUCCUACCAUGUGCCUCUCCCUUUCUUCUAUUCUCCCUUCCUACCAUGUGCCUCUCCCUUUCUUCUAUUCUCCCUUCCUACCAUGUGCCUCUCCCUUUCUUCUAUUCUCCCUUCCUACCAUGUGCCUCUCCCUUUCUUCUAUUCUCCCUUCCUACCAUGUGCCUCUCCCUUUCUUCUAUUCUCCCUUCCUACCAUGUGCCUCUCCCUUUCUUCUAUUCUCCCUUCCUACCAUGUGCCUCUCCCUUUCUUCUAUUCUCCCUUCCUACCAUGUGCCUCUCCCUUUCUUCUAUUCUCCCUUCCUACCAUGUGCCUCUCCCUUUCUUCUAUUCUCCCUUCCUACCAUGUGCCUCUCCCUUUCUUCUAUUCUCCCUUCCUACCAUGUGCCUCUCCCUUUCUUCUAUUCUCCCUUCCUACCAUGUGCCUCUCCCUUUCUUCUAUUCUCCCUUCCUACCAUGUGCCUCUCCCUUUCUUCUAUUCUCCCUUCCUACCAUGUGCCUCUCCCUUUCUUCUAUUCUCCCUUCCUACCAUGUGCCUCUCCCUUUCUUCUAUUCUCCCUUCCUACCAUGUGCCUCUCCCUUUCUUCUAUUCUCCCUUCCUACCAUGUGCCUCUCCCUUUCUUCUAUUCUCCCUUCCUACCAUGUGCCUCUCCCUUUCUUCUAUUCUCCCUUCCUACCAUGUGCCUCUCCCUUUCUUCUAUUCUCCCUUCCUACCAUGUGCCUCUCCCUUUCUUCUAUUCUCCCUUCCUACCAUGUGCCUCUCCCUUUCUUCUAUUCUCCCUUCCUACCAUGUGCCUCUCCCUUUCUUCUAUUCUCCCUUCCUACCAUGUGCCUCUCCCUUUCUUCUAUUCUCCCUUCCUACCAUGUGCCUCUCCCUUUCUUCUAUUCUCCCUUCCUACCAUGUGCCUCUCCCUUUCUUCUAUUCUCCCUUCCUACCAUGUGCCUCUCCCUUUCUUCUAUUCUCCCUUCCUACCAUGUGCCUCUCCCUUUCUUCUAUUCUCCCUUCCUACCAUGUGCCUCUCCCUUUCUUCUAUUCUCCCUUCCUACCAUGUGCCUCUCCCUUUCUUCUAUUCUCCCUUCCUACCAUGUGCCUCUCCCUUUCUUCUAUUCUCCCUUCCUACCAUGUGCCUCUCCCUUUCUUCUAUUCUCCCUUCCUACCAUGUGCCUCUCCCUUUCUUCUAUUCUCCCUUCCUACCAUGUGCCUCUCCCUUUCUUCUAUUCUCCCUUCCUACCAUGUGCCUCUCCCUUUCUUCUAUUCUCCCUUCCUACCAUGUGCCUCUCCCUUUCUUCUAUUCUCCCUUCCUACCAUGUGCCUCUCCCUUUCUUCUAUUCUCCCUUCCUACCAUGUGCCUCUCCCUUUCUUCUAUUCUCCCUUCCUACCAUGUGCCUCUCCCUUUCUUCUAUUCUCCCUUCCUACCAUGUGCCUCUCCCUUUCUUCUAUUCUCCCUUCCUACCAUGUGCCUCUCCCUUUCUUCUAUUCUCCCUUCCUACCAUGUGCCUCUCCCUUUCUUCUAUUCUCCCUUCCUACCAUGUGCCUCUCCCUUUCUUCUAUUCUCCCUUCCUACCAUGUGCCUCUCCCUUUCUUCUAUUCUCCCUUCCUACCAUGUGCCUCUCCCUUUCUUCUAUUCUCCCUUCCUACCAUGUGCCUCUCCCUUUCUUCUAUUCUCCCUUCCUACCAUGUGCCUCUCCCUUUCUUCUAUUCUCCCUUCCUACCAUGUGCCUCUCCCUUUCUUCUAUUCUCCCUUCCUACCAUGUGCCUCUCCCUUUCUUCUAUUCUCCCUUCCUACCAUGUGCCUCUCCCUUUCUUCUAUUCUCCCUUCCUACCAUGUGCCUCUCCCUUUCUUCUAUUCUCCCUUCCUACCAUGUGCCUCUCCCUUUCUUCUAUUCUCCCUUCCUACCAUGUGCCUCUCCCUUUCUUCUAUUCUCCCUUCCUACCAUGUGCCUCUCCCUUUCUUCUAUUCUCCCUUCCUACCAUGUGCCUCUCCCUUUCUUCUAUUCUCCCUUCCUACCAUGUGCCUCUCCCUUUCUUCUAUUCUCCCUUCCUACCAUGUGCCUCUCCCUUUCUUCUAUUCUCCCUUCCUACCAUGUGCCUCUCCCUUUCUUCUAUUCUCCCUUCCUACCAUGUGCCUCUCCCUUUCUUCUAUUCUCCCUUCCUACCAUGUGCCUCUCCCUUUCUUCUAUUCUCCCUUCCUACCAUGUGCCUCUCCCUUUCUUCUAUUCUCCCUUCCUACCAUGUGCCUCUCCCUUUCUUCUAUUCUCCCUUCCUACCAUGUGCCUCUCCCUUUCUUCUAUUCUCCCUUCCUACCAUGUGCCUCUCCCUUUCUUCUAUUCUCCCUUCCUACCAUGUGCCUCUCCCUUUCUUCUAUUCUCCCUUCCUACCAUGUGCCUCUCCCUUUCUUCUAUUCUCCCUUCCUACCAUGUGCCUCUCCCUUUCUUCUAUUCUCCCUUCCUACCAUGUGCCUCUCCCUUUCUUCUAUUCUCCCUUCCUACCAUGUGCCUCUCCCUUUCUUCUAUUCUCCCUUCCUACCAUGUGCCUCUCCCUUUCUUCUAUUCUCCCUUCCUACCAUGUGCCUCUCCCUUUCUUCUAUUCUCCCUUCCUACCAUGUGCCUCUCCCUUUCUUCUAUUCUCCCUUCCUACCAUGUGCCUCUCCCUUUCUUCUAUUCUCCCUUCCUACCAUGUGCCUCUCCCUUUCUUCUAUUCUCCCUUCCUACCAUGUGCCUCUCCCUUUCUUCUAUUCUCCCUUCCUACCAUGUGCCUCUCCCUUUCUUCUAUUCUCCCUUCCUACCAUGUGCCUCUCCCUUUCUUCUAUUCUCCCUUCCUACCAUGUGCCUCUCCCUUUCUUCUAUUCUCCCUUCCUACCAUGUGCCUCUCCCUUUCUUCUAUUCUCCCUUCCUACCAUGUGCCUCUCCCUUUCUUCUAUUCUCCCUUCCUACCAUGUGCCUCUCCCUUUCUUCUAUUCUCCCUUCCUACCAUGUGCCUCUCCCUUUCUUCUAUUCUCCCUUCCUACCAUGUGCCUCUCCCUUUCUUCUAUUCUCCCUUCCUACCAUGUGCCUCUCCCUUUCUUCUAUUCUCCCUUCCUACCAUGUGCCUCUCCCUUUCUUCUAUUCUCCCUUCCUACCAUGUGCCUCUCCCUUUCUUCUAUUCUCCCUUCCUACCAUGUGCCUCUCCCUUUCUUCUAUUCUCCCUUCCUACCAUGUGCCUCUCCCUUUCUUCUAUUCUCCCUUCCUACCAUGUGCCUCUCCCUUUCUUCUAUUCUCCCUUCCUACCAUGUGCCUCUCCCUUUCUUCUAUUCUCCCUUCCUACCAUGUGCCUCUCCCUUUCUUCUAUUCUCCCUUCCUACCAUGUGCCUCUCCCUUUCUUCUAUUCUCCCUUCCUACCAUGUGCCUCUCCCUUUCUUCUAUUCUCCCUUCCUACCAUGUGCCUCUCCCUUUCUUCUAUUCUCCCUUCCUACCAUGUGCCUCUCCCUUUCUUCUAUUCUCCCUUCCUACCAUGUGCCUCUCCCUUUCUUCUAUUCUCCCUUCCUACCAUGUGCCUCUCCCUUUCUUCUAUUCUCCCUUCCUACCAUGUGCCUCUCCCUUUCUUCUAUUCUCCCUUCCUACCAUGUGCCUCUCCCUUUCUUCUAUUCUCCCUUCCUACCAUGUGCCUCUCCCUUUCUUCUAUUCUCCCUUCCUACCAUGUGCCUCUCCCUUUCUUCUAUUCUCCCUUCCUACCAUGUGCCUCUCCCUUUCUUCUAUUCUCCCUUCCUACCAUGUGCCUCUCCCUUUCUUCUAUUCUCCCUUCCUACCAUGUGCCUCUCCCUUUCUUCUAUUCUCCCUUCCUACCAUGUGCCUCUCCCUUUCUUCUAUUCUCCCUUCCUACCAUGUGCCUCUCCCUUUCUUCUAUUCUCCCUUCCUACCAUGUGCCUCUCCCUUUCUUCUAUUCUCCCUUCCUACCAUGUGCCUCUCCCUUUCUUCUAUUCUCCCUUCCUACCAUGUGCCUCUCCCUUUCUUCUAUUCUCCCUUCCUACCAUGUGCCUCUCCCUUUCUUCUAUUCUCCCUUCCUACCAUGUGCCUCUCCCUUUCUUCUAUUCUCCCUUCCUACCAUGUGCCUCUCCCUUUCUUCUAUUCUCCCUUCCUACCAUGUGCCUCUCCCUUUCUUCUAUUCUCCCUUCCUACCAUGUGCCUCUCCCUUUCUUCUAUUCUCCCUUCCUACCAUGUGCCUCUCCCUUUCUUCUAUUCUCCCUUCCUACCAUGUGCCUCUCCCUUUCUUCUAUUCUCCCUUCCUACCAUGUGCCUCUCCCUUUCUUCUAUUCUCCCUUCCUACCAUGUGCCUCUCCCUUUCUUCUAUUCUCCCUUCCUACCAUGUGCCUCUCCCUUUCUUCUAUUCUCCCUUCCUACCAUGUGCCUCUCCCUUUCUUCUAUUCUCCCUUCCUACCAUGUGCCUCUCCCUUUCUUCUAUUCUCCCUUCCUACCAUGUGCCUCUCCCUUUCUUCUAUUCUCCCUUCCUACCAUGUGCCUCUCCCUUUCUUCUAUUCUCCCUUCCUACCAUGUGCCUCUCCCUUUCUUCUAUUCUCCCUUCCUACCAUGUGCCUCUCCCUUUCUUCUAUUCUCCCUUCCUACCAUGUGCCUCUCCCUUUCUUCUAUUCUCCCUUCCUACCAUGUGCCUCUCCCUUUCUUCUAUUCUCCCUUCCUACCAUGUGCCUCUCCCUUUCUUCUAUUCUCCCUUCCUACCAUGUGCCUCUCCCUUUCUUCUAUUCUCCCUUCCUACCAUGUGCCUCUCCCUUUCUUCUAUUCUCCCUUCCUACCAUGUGCCUCUCCCUUUCUUCUAUUCUCCCUUCCUACCAUGUGCCUCUCCCUUUCUUCUAUUCUCCCUUCCUACCAUGUGCCUCUCCCUUUCUUCUAUUCUCCCUUCCUACCAUGUGCCUCUCCCUUUCUUCUAUUCUCCCUUCCUACCAUGUGCCUCUCCCUUUCUUCUAUUCUCCCUUCCUACCAUGUGCCUCUCCCUUUCUUCUAUUCUCCCUUCCUACCAUGUGCCUCUCCCUUUCUUCUAUUCUCCCUUCCUACCAUGUGCCUCUCCCUUUCUUCUAUUCUCCCUUCCUACCAUGUGCCUCUCCCUUUCUUCUAUUCUCCCUUCCUACCAUGUGCCUCUCCCUUUCUUCUAUUCUCCCUUCCUACCAUGUGCCUCUCCCUUUCUUCUAUUCUCCCUUCCUACCAUGUGCCUCUCCCUUUCUUCUAUUCUCCCUUCCUACCAUGUGCCUCUCCCUUUCUUCUAUUCUCCCUUCCUACCAUGUGCCUCUCCCUUUCUUCUAUUCUCCCUUCCUACCAUGUGCCUCUCCCUUUCUUCUAUUCUCCCUUCCUACCAUGUGCCUCUCCCUUUCUUCUAUUCUCCCUUCCUACCAUGUGCCUCUCCCUUUCUUCUAUUCUCCCUUCCUACCAUGUGCCUCUCCCUUUCUUCUAUUCUCCCUUCCUACCAUGUGCCUCUCCCUUUCUUCUAUUCUCCCUUCCUACCAUGUGCCUCUCCCUUUCUUCUAUUCUCCCUUCCUACCAUGUGCCUCUCCCUUUCUUCUAUUCUCCCUUCCUACCAUGUGCCUCUCCCUUUCUUCUAUUCUCCCUUCCUACCAUGUGCCUCUCCCUUUCUUCUAUUCUCCCUUCCUACCAUGUGCCUCUCCCUUUCUUCUAUUCUCCCUUCCUACCAUGUGCCUCUCCCUUUCUUCUAUUCUCCCUUCCUACCAUGUGCCUCUCCCUUUCUUCUAUUCUCCCUUCCUACCAUGUGCCUCUCCCUUUCUUCUAUUCUCCCUUCCUACCAUGUGCCUCUCCCUUUCUUCUAUUCUCCCUUCCUACCAUGUGCCUCUCCCUUUCUUCUAUUCUCCCUUCCUACCAUGUGCCUCUCCCUUUCUUCUAUUCUCCCUUCCUACCAUGUGCCUCUCCCUUUCUUCUAUUCUCCCUUCCUACCAUGUGCCUCUCCCUUUCUUCUAUUCUCCCUUCCUACCAUGUGCCUCUCCCUUUCUUCUAUUCUCCCUUCCUACCAUGUGCCUCUCCCUUUCUUCUAUUCUCCCUUCCUACCAUGUGCCUCUCCCUUUCUUCUAUUCUCCCUUCCUACCAUGUGCCUCUCCCUUUCUUCUAUUCUCCCUUCCUACCAUGUGCCUCUCCCUUUCUUCUAUUCUCCCUUCCUACCAUGUGCCUCUCCCUUUCUUCUAUUCUCCCUUCCUACCAUGUGCCUCUCCCUUUCUUCUAUUCUCCCUUCCUACCAUGUGCCUCUCCCUUUCUUCUAUUCUCCCUUCCUACCAUGUGCCUCUCCCUUUCUUCUAUUCUCCCUUCCUACCAUGUGCCUCUCCCUUUCUUCUAUUCUCCCUUCCUACCAUGUGCCUCUCCCUUUCUUCUAUUCUCCCUUCCUACCAUGUGCCUCUCCCUUUCUUCUAUUCUCCCUUCCUACCAUGUGCCUCUCCCUUUCUUCUAUUCUCCCUUCCUACCAUGUGCCUCUCCCUUUCUUCUAUUCUCCCUUCCUACCAUGUGCCUCUCCCUUUCUUCUAUUCUCCCUUCCUACCAUGUGCCUCUCCCUUUCUUCUAUUCUCCCUUCCUACCAUGUGCCUCUCCCUUUCUUCUAUUCUCCCUUCCUACCAUGUGCCUCUCCCUUUCUUCUAUUCUCCCUUCCUACCAUGUGCCUCUCCCUUUCUUCUAUUCUCCCUUCCUACCAUGUGCCUCUCCCUUUCUUCUAUUCUCCCUUCCUACCAUGUGCCUCUCCCUUUCUUCUAUUCUCCCUUCCUACCAUGUGCCUCUCCCUUUCUUCUAUUCUCCCUUCCUACCAUGUGCCUCUCCCUUUCUUCUAUUCUCCCUUCCUACCAUGUGCCUCUCCCUUUCUUCUAUUCUCCCUUCCUACCAUGUGCCUCUCCCUUUCUUCUAUUCUCCCUUCCUACCAUGUGCCUCUCCCUUUCUUCUAUUCUCCCUUCCUACCAUGUGCCUCUCCCUUUCUUCUAUUCUCCCUUCCUACCAUGUGCCUCUCCCUUUCUUCUAUUCUCCCUUCCUACCAUGUGCCUCUCCCUUUCUUCUAUUCUCCCUUCCUACCAUGUGCCUCUCCCUUUCUUCUAUUCUCCCUUCCUACCAUGUGCCUCUCCCUUUCUUCUAUUCUCCCUUCCUACCAUGUGCCUCUCCCUUUCUUCUAUUCUCCCUUCCUACCAUGUGCCUCUCCCUUUCUUCUAUUCUCCCUUCCUACCAUGUGCCUCUCCCUUUCUUCUAUUCUCCCUUCCUACCAUGUGCCUCUCCCUUUCUUCUAUUCUCCCUUCCUACCAUGUGCCUCUCCCUUUCUUCUAUUCUCCCUUCCUACCAUGUGCCUCUCCCUUUCUUCUAUUCUCCCUUCCUACCAUGUGCCUCUCCCUUUCUUCUAUUCUCCCUUCCUACCAUGUGCCUCUCCCUUUCUUCUAUUCUCCCUUCCUACCAUGUGCCUCUCCCUUUCUUCUAUUCUCCCUUCCUACCAUGUGCCUCUCCCUUUCUUCUAUUCUCCCUUCCUACCAUGUGCCUCUCCCUUUCUUCUAUUCUCCCUUCCUACCAUGUGCCUCUCCCUUUCUUCUAUUCUCCCUUCCUACCAUGUGCCUCUCCCUUUCUUCUAUUCUCCCUUCCUACCAUGUGCCUCUCCCUUUCUUCUAUUCUCCCUUCCUACCAUGUGCCUCUCCCUUUCUUCUAUUCUCCCUUCCUACCAUGUGCCUCUCCCUUUCUUCUAUUCUCCCUUCCUACCAUGUGCCUCUCCCUUUCUUCUAUUCUCCCUUCCUACCAUGUGCCUCUCCCUUUCUUCUAUUCUCCCUUCCUACCAUGUGCCUCUCCCUUUCUUCUAUUCUCCCUUCCUACCAUGUGCCUCUCCCUUUCUUCUAUUCUCCCUUCCUACCAUGUGCCUCUCCCUUUCUUCUAUUCUCCCUUCCUACCAUGUGCCUCUCCCUUUCUUCUAUUCUCCCUUCCUACCAUGUGCCUCUCCCUUUCUUCUAUUCUCCCUUCCUACCAUGUGCCUCUCCCUUUCUUCUAUUCUCCCUUCCUACCAUGUGCCUCUCCCUUUCUUCUAUUCUCCCUUCCUACCAUGUGCCUCUCCCUUUCUUCUAUUCUCCCUUCCUACCAUGUGCCUCUCCCUUUCUUCUAUUCUCCCUUCCUACCAUGUGCCUCUCCCUUUCUUCUAUUCUCCCUUCCUACCAUGUGCCUCUCCCUUUCUUCUAUUCUCCCUUCCUACCAUGUGCCUCUCCCUUUCUUCUAUUCUCCCUUCCUACCAUGUGCCUCUCCCUUUCUUCUAUUCUCCCUUCCUACCAUGUGCCUCUCCCUUUCUUCUAUUCUCCCUUCCUACCAUGUGCCUCUCCCUUUCUUCUAUUCUCCCUUCCUACCAUGUGCCUCUCCCUUUCUUCUAUUCUCCCUUCCUACCAUGUGCCUCUCCCUUUCUUCUAUUCUCCCUUCCUACCAUGUGCCUCUCCCUUUCUUCUAUUCUCCCUUCCUACCAUGUGCCUCUCCCUUUCUUCUAUUCUCCCUUCCUACCAUGUGCCUCUCCCUUUCUUCUAUUCUCCCUUCCUACCAUGUGCCUCUCCCUUUCUUCUAUUCUCCCUUCCUACCAUGUGCCUCUCCCUUUCUUCUAUUCUCCCUUCCUACCAUGUGCCUCUCCCUUUCUUCUAUUCUCCCUUCCUACCAUGUGCCUCUCCCUUUCUUCUAUUCUCCCUUCCUACCAUGUGCCUCUCCCUUUCUUCUAUUCUCCCUUCCUACCAUGUGCCUCUCCCUUUCUUCUAUUCUCCCUUCCUACCAUGUGCCUCUCCCUUUCUUCUAUUCUCCCUUCCUACCAUGUGCCUCUCCCUUUCUUCUAUUCUCCCUUCCUACCAUGUGCCUCUCCCUUUCUUCUAUUCUCCCUUCCUACCAUGUGCCUCUCCCUUUCUUCUAUUCUCCCUUCCUACCAUGUGCCUCUCCCUUUCUUCUAUUCUCCCUUCCUACCAUGUGCCUCUCCCUUUCUUCUAUUCUCCCUUCCUACCAUGUGCCUCUCCCUUUCUUCUAUUCUCCCUUCCUACCAUGUGCCUCUCCCUUUCUUCUAUUCUCCCUUCCUACCAUGUGCCUCUCCCUUUCUUCUAUUCUCCCUUCCUACCAUGUGCCUCUCCCUUUCUUCUAUUCUCCCUUCCUACCAUGUGCCUCUCCCUUUCUUCUAUUCUCCCUUCCUACCAUGUGCCUCUCCCUUUCUUCUAUUCUCCCUUCCUACCAUGUGCCUCUCCCUUUCUUCUAUUCUCCCUUCCUACCAUGUGCCUCUCCCUUUCUUCUAUUCUCCCUUCCUACCAUGUGCCUCUCCCUUUCUUCUAUUCUCCCUUCCUACCAUGUGCCUCUCCCUUUCUUCUAUUCUCCCUUCCUACCAUGUGCCUCUCCCUUUCUUCUAUUCUCCCUUCCUACCAUGUGCCUCUCCCUUUCUUCUAUUCUCCCUUCCUACCAUGUGCCUCUCCCUUUCUUCUAUUCUCCCUUCCUACCAUGUGCCUCUCCCUUUCUUCUAUUCUCCCUUCCUACCAUGUGCCUCUCCCUUUCUUCUAUUCUCCCUUCCUACCAUGUGCCUCUCCCUUUCUUCUAUUCUCCCUUCCUACCAUGUGCCUCUCCCUUUCUUCUAUUCUCCCUUCCUACCAUGUGCCUCUCCCUUUCUUCUAUUCUCCCUUCCUACCAUGUGCCUCUCCCUUUCUUCUAUUCUCCCUUCCUACCAUGUGCCUCUCCCUUUCUUCUAUUCUCCCUUCCUACCAUGUGCCUCUCCCUUUCUUCUAUUCUCCCUUCCUACCAUGUGCCUCUAUGUGCCUACCUUUCCGCUCUCAUUUCGCACCUCCCUUCCCUAUGUCCUACCACUUGUCACGACUCCUCACUGCUUCCCACCGCAUCCAACCCUUGCAGUGGCAGGCGAUGAAGCGGUGGGUGGAGUCCCACAGCAGCAUGCCAAGCGCCAUCGUGGCCGUGGGAGACUGGAGAGGUGGUGGCACGGAGGGGGAGUGUACCACCCAUGGGAGCGAUGGCUCAUGGCGCGUGCAUGCUGCAGUGCGAAACCACGAUGCAUCCUACUGCCGUCCAUCCAUGUUCCUUCACCACCGUCCAACCCCAUCCCCCACCGUGCGCCUCUUCCCCACCGUGCGCCUCUUCCCCACCGUGCGCCUCUUCCCCACCGUGCGCCUCUUCCCCACCGUGCGCCUCUUCCCCACCGUGCGCCUCUUCCCCACCGUGCGCCUCUUCCCCACCGUGCGCCUCUCCCCCACCGUGCGCCUCUCCCCCACCGUUCGCCUCUGCCCUGCCAGGCUGGCAGCAGUGAGGGACCGCCUCACUGCUCAGGUGCUCGCUCACAACAUGCCCUCGGAGGAAGCUUCCCCCUCUGCGUCCUCCUCGUUCUCACCUGGCACGGUGCAGGCUGGCAGCGAGGCAGGGCUGUUCAGACACGGCAAGGUGGCAUAUCUGGGCAACCCCAUGAUGGACCACAUGUCGCCAUCGCCCCACCUGCACGCCUUCAUCCACACCCACCUGCCUGCAUGGCUGCACCACCACACCACCCAUGCUGCGCACAGCGGGGGGGGUGCUGAUACCACGGCGCCACACGGGGCGUCUCCAGGCGCUGCAGCAUGCCAGAGCAGCAGCAGCCCGUUCCGCCAUGUCUUUGCCAUCCUGCCCGGCUCCAGACCACCUGAGGUGUAUUCAAACUGGGAGCUUCUCACCUCCUCCAUCCCCCACCUCGUCUCCUCCCUGCUCUCCUGCUCCGGGACCACCAGCGCUGGCACUAGCAGCGCCACCACUAACACUACCAGCACUCACAUUGGCACCAACAGCAAAAGCAGCAGCAGCAGCAGCAGCACCAGCAGCAGCAGUCCCCUGCCAGUCCUAUUCGUCUGCCCCAUCGUGCCCUCCCUCCCCCCCUCCCCCUUCAUCUCCCCCCUGCUCGCGCAAGGCUGGGUGCCCCUCAGCCCCCCCCGACCCACGCCACAAGGGGCAGGAGGAGAGGCGGAGGCACGGUGGAUGGAGCUGGAUGGGGAGGGGUCGCUGCAGGGGCUCGUGCUCUUGCUUCCCGGGCGAGAGGAGGAGGGGGGGGAGGGGAAUAGCAGAGGGUGUGCAGAGGAGCAUGGCGUGCCUGCUGCUCUUGAGGGGCCGCAAGAAGAAGGGAAGGAGGGGGGCUGUGGAGAGCGAGGCAGUGCUGCUGCAAGGGGGAGCAGCGGAGGGGCAGCGAGCAGUGGUGUGAGGAGCACAGGGGGAGUGCGGGCGGUGGUGGUGGUGGUGAGGGGGGGAUUCGCAGAGUGCGCUCAUGAGGCUCAUGGCGCCCUCGCCAUGGCUGGCACGGCCACCGAGCAGAUGGUGAGAUUGGUGAAGUGA